GCGCUCGGUGGGGUUGUUGAGUAGGCCUACGGUAAAGCUUUAUCAUCAACACUACAUGUAUCAACAAAAUAGUACGGAUCGGAACGACCGCUAGCCUUUCAGCUUUGGAUCGGCCGGACGUCGACGACCAGCGUACAUGGUGCAGCGAAUCCGGUGCAGCGACCCGAUCCUGAUCCUGGUGAAGCUCCACUCCAGCUCCUAUAGAAUCUUGGAUUUAUCAUUUAGAAUCGAGCUGAGCAACUCUUUCCCCAACGUAUAAUAAUCUAUGCAACAAUGCCGAUGGAGGGGAAUCUGAAGAAGGGAACAAAACAGCGUUUAUCAAUACGCAGCAGCAGGCUACAAGAAGCAGACAUGCGUACUCCUAGAAUGGCCGAAGAGGAGAGCAUUCUACCUCCAGAGAUGCGUUCUAAAAUCUGGAAACUCUUCAGACAAAUUGAGAGGGAGCUUGAAGGAAUGUAUGAAGAAAAUAUUGGAUUGCAGCAAAAGGUGGAGAUCUUAACGGAUAAGCUGGAUGCAAUCCAGUCAGGCAAGUCCUUCAGUGAGGCAGGAGCUAGUAUUGAUGGAGCAGAAAGCUCAUCUAAGCUUAGUGUCAAGAGUAAAGCUUCAAGUCAGCUGAGCCAGCUCAUUCUCAAGCCCAAAGCUAAAGGGGCAGGUGGAAAGACUGUGUUCAGUUUCAAAGGAACGAGUAGCACAGGUUGUCAGCUGAUGCAUCAUUAUAACGGGCACAGCGAUGGGGUAUGGGAGGUCAGUGUCUCGAGAGGGGAUGCCCCACUUCUUGCUACAGCCUCUGCAGAUCGCACAGCUCGUCUUUGGUGCAUAGAAACACAUUCUUGUGUUCUACAGUAUCUGGGUCAUCUUGGGUCAGUUAAUUCAGUCCGAUUUCAUCCAUCUGAGCCACUUCUUCUUACAGCUUCUGGGGACAACACAGCUCAUGUUUGGAAAUCAAAUGUCAGUCUUCCCACCAUAGGACAACAACCUGAAAGCAAAUCAUGUCCAUCAUCAGGAGAUGACCUAGAUGGCUCAGAUAAGGAAGAAAUCGAUGGCACGGAGAGUGAGAACAUCAUAUACGUGAAGGCACCUCAAGUGAUGCUGGAAGGCCAUACUAGUGUUCUUAUUGCAGCUGACUGGCUUGCUGGAGGCAAACAGCUUGUCACCGCAUCAUGGGAUAGGACGGCAAACCUAUACGACCUGGAGACUUCAGCUGUAGUACACUCACUAACAGGGCAUGAUCAAGAAUUAACCCAUGCUUGUGCACAUCCGACUCAGAAGAUGGUAGUGACCUCAUCGAUGGAUACAACGUUUCGUCUGUGGGACUUCAGAGAUCCAAGCAUACACUCAGUUAAUGUGUUCCAGGGCCAUACAGACUCAGUGACCUCUGCAGCCUUUGCUUCAGGUGACAAGGUAGUGAGUGGUUCAGAUGACAGGACAGUCAAGGUGUGGGACUUAAAGAACAUGAGAACACCUCUUGCCAUGAUCAGAACAGAUUCUCCUGUCAACAGACUGUCUGUUUCACCAACGAGUAACAUUAUGGCAAUUCCUCAGGAUAACAGGAACAUCCGACUCUAUGACUUGAAUGGUGUAAGAGUCGGCAGGCUCCCGCGAAGUAAUAGACAGGGUCACCAUCGAAUGGUAUGCUGUACCGCUUGGAAUGACGAGACUGCAUCUUGCAAUCUGUUCAGCUGUGGCUUUGAUCGGCAGGUUCUCGGUUGGCAUGUAGGAAUGUCCCAGCUGGUGACUUCAUAGUCCAAUCAAACUUACGAUCGAUGAACAUGGUGUUCAAGGACAUUUAUAGUAACUCUCCUAUCCCAAAGACACUAGAUUAACAUUUGUUGUUGUUGUUGGUUCUAAUUCUUAUUUAAGUCAUCAGUGAAAUGCAGUUGCUUAAAAAAACUAUCUGGAACAAAUAUUACUCAUUAUUAUACCUCUUUUUAGUAUGUUGAAUAAAUCUAUUCAUCUGAUUGGUUGAAAUUGGAGUCGAGAUUAUUUAACCAUGCCCGCCUACCGAUCAAUAGUUUUUGUGCCUCCGUUACGAAGUAGCCGGAGGCAUUAUGUUUUCGAGUUGUCCGUCCGUCCGUUUGUCCGUACGUCUGUACGUAC